GCCGUCGAGUCCGUGCCUGCAGAGAAGACAAUCAGUAGUACGUCGACUCCCGUUGCAGUUAUGUACCUCAGGUAUUCCGCAUUUUUCGCUCUCCUCACCCUCUCAUCUGUUUUGGGAGUACCGGUGUUGGACGGACCGGGAUGCCCCGAACAACACGGUGUACAGGCGUACGCCCAUCCUGAAGCCUGCGACCACUUCUUCCUCUGCACCAACGGCACUUUGACACUGGAGCAGUGUGAAAACGGACUUCUCUUCGACGGCAAAGGAAACGUUCACAACCACUGCAACUACCACUGGGCUGUCGAUUGCGGACCCAGGAAAGCAGUCUUGGUGCCUCUCAGCUCUCCCGGCUGCGAGUACAAAUACGGAAUCUACCCCGAAGGUCCUCACUGCUCUACGAACUACGUCAAAUGUGCUGAUGGAUAUCCUUACUUGAACCACUGCGACCCCGGUCUCGCAUACGAUGACAAAACCCACUCCUGCAACUGGCCCGAUCUUCUCCUCGACCAAUGCAACCCCGAAGCUGUUGUCGGAUUCAAGUGCCCCGACAAAGUCGACCCUCAUUCCGUCUCCGCCAGGUUCCACCCGUACCCUCGCUACGCCAUCCCCGGUGAUUGCCAGCACCUUGUCACCUGCGUCAACGGAUUCCCGAGGUUGAUCACCUGCGAAGAGGGCAAAUACUUGGACGAAAACUCCCUCACUUGCGAGGAGGCCGAACACGUCCCCUCCUGCGGACACUUGAAGAAGUAAACUUGAGAAGUGACAUAAAACAUAUCAAAAUUAUUCAACCCCAUCAAUCGGCGCACCAUCCACACAACUCCUCAGAAAAUAUAAAUAUUUGUACAUUUUUUAUGUAUAUUUAAAUCACCGUCUUUUGUAUUUGUUUGAAUAGGUUUUUUAUAAUAUAAAUAUAUACAUUUGUUAAAUACACUUGUUUGUUUGGACACCGAA